GAGAAAACGACAUGUCGACUGUGAAAAAAAUCAUGAAGAGUCGACUCGACAAACCGACGUUCAGGUUGCGAGGUAAAUCUGGUGGGCGCGAAAUUCUCCGGGUGGAAGAAGGAAGAGAGUUCAGUCCAACAUCUCAAUUGGUUCAGGAUUAGGGUUUUGAAGAGAUGGAAGUCAAGAAUCUUCUCAAGGACAAGAAAUUCUGGUUCGCCUCCUUCCUUAUUGCUUGGGCCGCAGCUCUCCAGGGGCACAUGAUGUGGUUGCAGAGGCAGGAUUCUUUCAAGCAGAAGUUUGGAACUUCCGAUCAAGAAAAUGAUCCUGAAAAAUGAGGCUCAAUUUCCAUAUAUUUCUCCUGUAAGUUCUAUUGCCAUUAAAGAGGCUGCAUCGGCGGGGGUUAAUUCCUCGUAAUGAAUUUUUUAGGCUGAAUCCGUAUGUGUAAAUUUAUUGCUAUGUUUUGAUAGAAAUGCAAUACAUUUGGUCAUUUUGAUCUCUAUGAAUGAGUACAUUUGGUGUUCUUUCUUCAGUGGCUUUAUUAAUUUGGCUGUUCUAUGAAACAUACGAUCUGAUAUUCAUGGUAGUUGUUGAAUGAAAUGCCGCCUUAUCUGGA